UUCGCAACAACUAUCGUGUAGAUUUUUCAUUUUAUUAACCACGUUACAUUACGGAGAGUACGACGUUGUUUGACGAUCAUUUGAGCACUUGUAGCCAGCACUUUUCGAAAUUCAUCACAGGAAAGUGUAGAUCGCUUUACAGUACGCACGUUAUCACCAAAGAAUGGUUUCGGCACUGAAUGAGGAAGAGCGUAAAAAGCUGCUGGAGCCACUGUUCGCCCAUGGUUGGAGCAUGGUGGAGGGACGCGAUGCAAUCCAGAAAAAGUUUGCCUUUGAAAACUUUGUUCGGGCUUUUGCAUUCAUGACUGGUGUGGCGUUAAAGGCCGAAAAAAUGGAUCAUCAUCCGGAGUGGUUCAAUGUUUACAACAAGGUAGAUGUGACGCUCGCGACUCAUGAUUGUAACGGAUUGAGUACGCGAGAUGUAGAGUUGGCUACGUUCAUGGACAAGCUAGCUUAAUUCCACUGCGAGCAUUCGAUUCCGCUAAAAAAUGUUUGAACAUCAUGUUACGUUUAACCGCUACGUUACAUCAAAUAAAUAUUUUCGCCG